UUUCGACUGGACCAGCACCGCGAAUCUCCAUGUCGGACGGCAAGGUGACCCACGCCGGCUCCUGUCACUGCUGCGCGGUCCGGUUUGAAUUCGAUGCACCGGACCACCUUGUUGCCUUCGACUGCAACUGCUCUAUCUGCGCCAUGAAGCGCAACGUGCAUACGAUCGUCCCAUCGUCGUCUUUUCGACUAUUGGCAGGAGAGGAGGUGCUCACCACGUACACGUUCAACACGCACACGGCAAAGCACAAGUUCUGCCGUAUAUGUGGCGUGCAACCGUUCUACGUCCCCCGCAGUAACCCGGACGGUGUCGCCGUGACCAUUGCGUGCAUCACGCCCGGCACAGUCACACACGUCGACAUCCAACAAUACGACGGACAAAACUGGGAAACGUCGUACGUGUCGUCUGGCAUUGCCAAGUAUUCAAAGUAAUUCACCACGAACGGCUCUUCCGUACUCUAUGGAUUUUCUACACUUACUCAUUGUCUCGGAUGCACGCUUUCUUCGACGGACUCGAGUUGGCUGCUUCCGCUGCGGCAGCUGCGGCAUCACCAGGGGCUUCCAUGUACCCAUACGUGAGCGCGCGCUUCUGUCCUGCCGGGCCGAGGAGUGGGCGGGCAUCGGGGUUCUUCAGAAGUUCAUGGGCCAAGCUUUCCCCAAGCUGCUCCGCUUCGAAGCGAGAUCCACGAGUGGCCUCGGUGAUGCUAACUUUACCAUCUCUCGAGAGGAGGGUCACAGUUAACUUGAUCGUGUCGUCGUCGAGGGUCGUGUUGACACCCAUCGAGAUCUGGCACCCGCCUUCAAUGGACCGUAGGAGGCUGCGCUCUGCCUUGCAGCAUUGUGCCGAUUCUUCGUGCUCAAUCUUGGCCAGCAUGGCCAAUAUCUUACGAUUUCUGCAUGAGAUAGAUUGUUCACUCAAGAUACGACGUUCAAACCUCCUCGUCAUCCUCCCGGC